UUGAAGUUAUAUUCUCUUUGAUGACAAUCUUGUAAUUUUAUUUGUAUUGUUUGACUUGUGUGCAACUUGAUAGAAAAAUAUUUUAAUUUAUUAGGGAAAUACGAAAAUAGUUUUGUAUUCAGUAGAUAAUGGAAGGAAAUGAAGAAACUGCAGUACCACCUGAAGGGGCUCCUGCUCCAGAAGCGGCACCUAAAGAAGAAGCUCCCGCAGUACCUCCAGAAGUACCUCCAGAAGGAGCCCCCAAAGCACCUCCUGAAGCAGAGCGUGAAGAGGAUCAUGGAGAUGAUAUAUCGAUAACUAAAAAGAAGAUUGCGGAGGUCGCUCGAACUCUGUCACAUAAGAUGUCGUCAAUCCGGAGGAUGUCGUUUACAGAUGGAGAACGGAUCGAAGUGGACAAGACUGCCUUAGAAGCUAUACUUGACGUCAGUGCUCGUAUAGCAGGCAUUCAGAAGAGGAGCAGAUUGUCAAUGAGCACGUUGGCUUUAGCUCACGAAUCUUAUAAAGACAAGCAAGCCAAAGCUAAAGAAGCUCGUAAUAAUCGUAUGGGUGGACUCAAGCAACAGCACAGAUAUUUACUAGAGAAUUGUGCGCUUAUAUUGAAUAGACCAAAUGACUUUGUCUUGGAACUAUCAUUUGGUAUCACUACUACUUUGCAGGAAGGUGUUUACGAUGCUGAUAUACAUAUAGAACUGUUAGAUAGUGCUAUUGCUGAAGGUGGCAGGAAUUGUAUAGUCCUGUGUGACGCCUUGCUUCCACCAUGUAAAAUGGAAACUGGUCGAUUCGUUCCCAAUCAGAAAGGUAAAAUGGAAAGGGCGUACUUAUCUGAUGCGUCUACUAUUGGCACGGAGGGCAAAUGUGUUGCUAUGUACAGAUUCAGGACGAAAGCUAUUGACGCUAAGAAUAUAGGAGACGUAAUUAUUCUUAAUAUUUUUACUUAA